AGCUCCCGAGGCGGAGGCGCCUGCGCGUUGGCCGCCUACUGGCUCCGGUCGCUUGUGGUCGGGGCUCGGGACCGGCUGCCAUCUUAGUCGAGGGACUGAAGAGUCGCCGCCGCCCCGUGUCCCGGUAACAUGCAUUUAACAGUGGCCUUCUGGAGACAACGCCUUAACCCAAAGAAGUGACUCGAACGGUGAGAACUUCAGGUCCUUUUCAAAUUCAGUCAAAGUGGAGGAGGUAGUCCUGGAAUAGAAAACUAAGGUGAAAAUCCGCAGACCCAAAUUGGAGUGUAGAAUUGGCUCUGCUUUCUGAUCCUAUUUGUUUCCUAAUGGGUUUGCCGUCCUAUUGGUGGUAUGUCUGACAGUGGAUCACAGCUUGGUUCAAUGGGUAGCCUGACCAUGAAAUCACAACUUCAGAUCACUGUCAUUUCAGCAAAACUUAAAGAAAAUAAAAAGAAUUGGUUUGGACCGAGUCCUUAUGUGGAAGUCACAGUAGAUGGACAGUCAAAGAAGACAGAAAAAUGCAACAAUACAAGUAGUCCCAAAUGGAAGCAACCCCUUACAGUUAUCGUCACCCCUGUGAGUAAAUUACAUUUUCGUGUGUGGAGUCACCAGACGCUGAAAUCUGACGUUUUGUUGGGAACUGCUGCAUUAGAUAUCUAUGAAACAUUAAAGUCAAACAAUAUGAAACUUGAGGAAGUAGUUGUGACUUUACAGCUUGUAGGUGACAAAGAGCCGACAGAGACAAUAGGAGACUUGUCAGUUUGUCUUGAUGGGCUGCAGUUAGAGUCUGAAGUUGUUACCAAUGGUGAAACUACGUGUUCAGAAAGUGCUUCACAGAAUGAUGAUAGCUCCAGACCCAAGGACGAAACAAGAGCAAGCACAAAUGGAUCAGAUGACCCUGAGGACGUAGGGUCUGUUGAAAAUAGGAGGGUCAAUGGGAAUAAUUCUCCAUCACUCUCAAAUGGCGGUUUUAAACCUUCUAGGCCUCCAAGACCAUCACGACCACCUCCACCUACCCCACGUAGACCAGCAUCUGUCAAUGGUUCACCAUCUGCCACUUCUGAAAGUGAUGGAUCUAGCACAGGCUCUCUGCCACUAACGAAUACAAAUUCAAAUACAUCUGAAGGAGCAACGUCUGGAUUAAUAAUUCCUCUUACUAUAUCUGGAGGCUCAGGCCCUAGGCCAUUAAAUCCUGUACCUCAAGCUCCCCUACCACCUGGUUGGGAGCAGAGAGUGGACCAGCAUGGGCGAGUUUACUAUGUAGAUCAUAUUGAAAAAAGAACAACGUGGGAUAGACCAGAACCUCUACCUCCUGGCUGGGAACGGCGGGUUGACAACAUGGGACGUAUUUAUUAUGUUGACCAUUUCACAAGAACAACAACGUGGCAGAGGCCAACAUUGGAAUCCGUCCGGAACUAUGAACAGUGGCAGCUCCAACGUAGUCAACUUCAAGGAGCAAUGCAGCAGUUUAAUCAGAGAUUCAUUUAUGGGAAUCAAGAUUUGUUUGCUACAUCACAAAAUAAAGAAUUUGAUCCCCUUGGUCCCCUGCCACCUGGAUGGGAGAAGAGAACGGACAGCAAUGGUAGAGUAUAUUUUGUCAACCACAAUACUCGUAUUACACAAUGGGAAGAUCCCAGAAGUCAAGGUCAACUAAAUGAAAAGCCCUUACCUGAAGGCUGGGAAAUGAGAUUCACAGUGGAUGGAAUUCCAUAUUUUGUGGACCACAAUAGAAGAACAACCACCUAUAUAGAUCCCCGCACUGGAAAAUCUGCCCUAGACAAUGGACCCCAGAUAGCCUAUGUACGAGACUUCAAGGCAAAGGUUCAGUAUUUCCGGUUCUGGUGUCAGCAACUGACCAUGCCACAGCACAUAAAGAUUACAGUGACAAGAAAAACAUUGUUUGAGGAUUCCUUUCAGCAGAUAAUGAGCUUCAGUCCCCAAGAUCUGCGAAGACGUUUGUGGGUGAUUUUUCCAGGAGAAGAAGGUUUAGAUUAUGGAGGUGUAGCAAGAGAAUGGUUCUUUCUUUUGUCACAUGAGGUGUUGAACCCAAUGUAUUGCCUGUUUGAAUAUGCAGGGAAGGAUAACUACUGCUUGCAGAUAAACCCAGCUUCUUACAUCAAUCCAGAUCACCUGAAAUAUUUUCGUUUUAUUGGCAGGUUUAUUGCCAUGGCUCUGUUCCAUGGGAAAUUCAUUGACACAGGUUUUUCUUUGCCAUUCUAUAAGCGUAUCUUGAACAAACCAGUUGGACUAAAGGAUUUAGAAUCUAUUGAUCCAGAAUUUUACAAUUCUCUCAUCUGGGUUAAAGAAAACAAUAUUGAGGAAUGUGGUUUGGAAAUGUACUUCUCUGUUGAUAAAGAAAUUUUAGGUGAAAUCAAGAGUCAUGAUUUGAAACCCAAUGGCGGCAAUAUUCUUGUAACAGAAGAAAAUAAAGAGGAAUAUAUCAGAAUGGUAGCUGAAUGGAGGUUGUCUCGAGGUGUUGAAGAACAGACACAAGCUUUUUUUGAGGGCUUUAAUGAAAUUCUUCCCCAGCAGUAUUUGCAAUACUUUGAUGCAAAGGAAUUAGAGGUCCUAUUAUGUGGAAUGCAAGAGAUUGAUCUGAAUGACUGGCAAAGACAUGCAAUCUACCGUCAUUACACUAGGACAAGCAAGCAAAUCAUGUGGUUUUGGCAGUUUGUUAAAGAAAUCGAUAAUGAGAAGAGAAUGAGACUUCUGCAGUUUGUUACUGGAACCUGCCGAUUGCCCGUUGGAGGAUUUGCUGACCUCAUGGGGAGCAAUGGACCACAGAAAUUCUGCAUUGAAAAAGUUGGGAAAGAAAAUUGGUUACCCAGAAGUCAUACCUGUUUUAACCGCCUGGACCUGCCACCCUACAAGAGCUAUGAGCAACUGAAGGAAAAGCUGUUAUUUGCCAUUGAAGAAACUGAAGGAUUUGGACAAGAGUAACUUCUGAGAACUUACACCACUGAAGGACAAGAACUUAUUUGCAAUGUUUGUCCUUUUCCUUCUCUGCCUAUUGCACAUCUUGUUGUAAACUUGGACUGUGACUGUUUAGAGAGUUAUCUGAGUGUAAGUAAAUUAAUGUUAUCAUUGAGAUUUAUCUUCCAGUGAUUUGGGAUUUCUACUCAGUGUUUCCAGAAAUCAGAUCUGCAAAUGACUAGUCAAAACCUUACUUAACAUGAGAUUUAACAGCAGUGAAAUCUGCCUUGUCUUACUCCACUAGAUUCUUUCCUUAACAACAGUUUUGUAUAUGUGUGUCAAAAGUCUCACCUGGGAGUAAGUUUUUUUCUUUCAGAGAUUCUGCAGAUAUGCAGGGAAGUCCCAUGGUAACUGAAAUAUGCAAGAUCUUCCUAUUAAGCCUCUUGGUAAGAGGUAUUUGUUAAAAGUACAAGCUUAGCAAAGCUUCGGGGGAUGUGAGCGAAUUUCUGGUUUGUGCUCUCCCUCUCAUUUCAGUCUGGCCUGUCGUUUUUCCUUUCCGGAGCAUGAAUCCGUGCAUCAUUUUGAUGUUAUCCCUGCAAAGUGAUGGCAAGACUCUUGUAUCUCUCUACAGAGUAGUUUUAUUAAUUUGAAUUCAGGGAGAAGUUGGUCCCAGCCUGCAAGUGACUUCAUAAGUCUCUUCAUUUGGAAGUUUGAUUGUUUUAAUUGCCUUGCAAAUACUAAACUUUAUAAAUAAUAUUAACACUAUGAUUCCUUCACUGACGUUUAUAAAAGUUAACCUAGAAUUGGAAUGAAUUUAGCUGAAUUCAUCGAAGGCCAUCAUUGACAAUUUCUGUAUGUUCCUAUAUACAAGUUUCAUCUUUAUAAUUUUAGCAUAAUCCAACAAGUUCAGUUAUAUUAUUGUUAAGGAGUUCAAGUUUUAACUAGAUGCUUUCUAGUCCCAAUAGAGGUCAAUGAAACAUCCUCUAAAAUUAUAUUUCCAUUAGGGAGGGAGAGCUAUGGUACUGGCUAAAAACAAAGGAGUAAAACAUUUACUAGCCAUUCAUUUCUAGUAACCACAGAAAUGUAUUCUUUCUGUGAAUUAAAAGUCUUCAAAUUUAUCAUUUCUCAGAAACAUACUGGAGUAGUCACUUCCAUUCUUUACAUUGUGCUGAAUUGGAUGUUCUCUUCACCUCUAAAAAUUUUAACAGACUUUUCCCAUAACGAUUUAAUUUUAGGCUGCUCUGUUAGUAACCAAUUAAUGCACUUUGAACUUCUAUAUAGUUAAUUCUUUUAACUUGGCCUAGCCUAGACUCUGUCAAGAUGGCUGAUGUCAGAGGUUUGACUUUAUGGACAGUGGGAUGAAGCCUAAGCCAUUGGAGUCCUAUCAUAGCUGAACCCUGAGGACAGCCUCAUAACUCGUGAAGCAGGGACUCUGGCAGGUUUCAGUAGCAUAGAAUGAACAGUAGCAUUGAGCCAAAAAUAAGCAGAGAGUAGCAAACCCCUGUUCCAUAUGGAAAGAAAAUGUUUUUUUUGUCCCUAACUACUCUUCCUUUUACACCCUGGAACAACAAUAAAAACAUUUUUAAACUUGUGUAUCUGUAUUCUAAAACACUGCCAUCAUAAAGUAGACUUAUGUGAGUGAAAGGGUUGCCUCAUGUCAGUGUAAAGGGGGAGAUUAGACUCUCCCCAACCCUAUAUAUUUUUUUUAUUCCACAUACUCCAGGAAAAUGUUGUAUGGUCUCUAAAUGCCCUAGUUUUCAAAGUAGGGACUCUCUGCCUUUUUGUUGGUAGGGGAAAAAAGCGCUAUUGCUUUGUCUUACAGAGCGAAUGUCUGCUAACUACCCAUUCAUUAUAUGUCUGAACUUUGGUAAUGGCUAUGGAGAUUAAGCCUUCUGUAAAGACUUCCUAUUGAGGUGAAUUCUCAUAUUGAAAUGUAGUUACCUACAAUAUUUACUAGAGAUUUAUGAGAUUAAAUUAAGAGAUAAUGUAAGAAAGUAGACUUUUUUUGUUCUACAUAAUGCUUGAUGAUUCAUUUAGGGACCUAGAAAUAUUGUGUGAAAAUGUAUAAAUAUCACCCAAAAGGCUUUCUGCCCUAUAUUUUUAAAAUACAGAAUAGUUAUAUUUGAAGUAGCCCUGGCCCUAGUUCUAUAGGGCUUGGCUAUUUAAUAUUUUUAUGGAAGAAACUUUAGUUCUGGGAAAGGUAAAUGCUUGUAUAUAUUUUUGCAGCCUGGGAUCUCCCUUACUCCAUUUCUUCCUUUAAUUUAAGUGGCCACAUGUAUAUGUCUUCCCUGCUGUGUUAGGAAAAUGGGGGCUGGAUAUCCCAAGAAUCAGAGGUUAUAUAAAAAUACUGCAAAUAGACAGCAGACAUAAAUAUCUACCAAAUGCUAUCUUAAAUUUUGGUCCAAACUGAACAUUUGGAAAUAGAUUUAUUGUAAGUGUUUAAUUAGAGUGAUUUCUUAAAUCUGAACUAAAUUGCUUUUAGAAUCCUUUUUCUUUGUAAGCAUUGUAAAUGCUAAUAAAUCCUGUUAAUUUUUUUACUGCAUGUUAUGUUGAAAUAAAAACAAAGUAAAAUGAGCAAUUGCCUUAUUCUUCUGCUCUUUUGGGAGGUUGGGGAAGUCAGCAUUUCACAGCCUGGGUCAGGAGGGAAGGGCCUCACUUGUUUCAUCAGAUAGAGUGGUUUAAAACUGAUCCAGCAGCUUCUAAUAAAGAAUUCCUGCUCUUGCCUUUUAUGAUCUUAUAUCAGAGUGCAGAAGAAUCUAAUUUCAUAAGACUUACAAUAACUCUAUUUAAAAUUCAGAUACUAAUUUUUCAUCAAGAGAUUGACAUACCAAUGUCAAUUCAUCAAAUUUUAGUGAAACAUGACUCACCUGUCCACAGAGGUCUCAUCCUAAAUGAACUAUUUCAGUUAAACCCAUUCCGCCACUUCUUACUUAUCUGGUUAAUAAUCUGAAUUGUUAGCAGGGAUGACUCAUGGAAUUAGACUUCUCUUUUUAUAUCCCUCCUUAUUUUGAAUGUAAUUCCAUCCUUCUAAACUCCUUUAGGUUAACUACUUCUAUUUAAUAUUGUUGGUAUCUCCAGCCCCCCUCAUUUUCUUGUUUUUCUUUUGGAAGUAUUGACAGAAUUAUUUGUAUAUAUGCUAUGCUUUCAUUAACUAAAAAUGGAAUGGCAGCACUGGAUUGUAUAUUACUGUAUUGGAGUUCCUUUGUUUUCUUGAACUGUAAUUUCAAAUACUCAGGUAACUCUACAAGUACCACAGGGAGUCAAGUGCCCUUAUAAAAGUCCUUCAGGGGGCUGCCUCAGUUGCAUUUCCUUAAAAGAUGUAAUGGAAGACUGUUCAUAAUUAAACUUUUUUGGUCCUUCA